AUGAUAUUCUAGUUAAGAUGGUAGCCUGUGGCAGAAGGACUGGGUAUAUUUUAUUUGGCAAUGGAGAGCUAUAUUCUUUUGGAGAGGGUAAUAUAUCAAGAAUAUCUUAUUAAACAACAAUCAGGAACUCAAGGACAAAUUGGCAAUGGUAACACAGUGUAUAAAGUCAAAAGCCUUGAGAAAGUAAUUGGAUUUGACAAUAAAAUCAAGUUCAUCACUUCUGGGAGGUCACAUUCAAUUGCAAUUGAUGAAAUGAAUGAGUGUUAUUCUUGGGGCUGUGGAAAAUAUGGCAAAUUAGGACAUUAAGAUUAAGUAGACCAAUUAAAACCCAAGAGAAUAAACCAUUUUAUGGCUGGUAAAAAGUCAUCGAGAUAGCUCAGAAACUAUGACUAGGAUGAAGAAGGUAAUAGCAUGGAUGAAAAAGAUAAAUAGAGAGUAGCAUUUUCCUCUCAGAUUACAUAUGGCUCAUGUUCCAAAAGCUGCUCAUUCAUGAUUCAGAAAGGCAAAGUGUGGACAGUCGGCAGAAAUCAUUAUGGAAUGUUAGGAUACCAAGUGCUCUACAACCAGCCAUUUAUCCAAGAAUUAAAGUAAAUCAUUUCUCUAGGAUUACAGAAAAUUCACAUUGAAGGGAUAUCUGCAGGCUAGAACCACUGUCUUGCAUGGACAUAAAACGGUAAACUUUAUUCUUGGGGGAAAUAUGGAGAUGGAUGCCUUGGAUAUAUGGACAAAACAAUUGGAGGAAAUUAUAUUCAGAGCGAGCCAAAGUUAAUUGAAGGAUUACUUUAGUUUGAUAUCAGUAAUGCAGUUGCAGGAAAUAAGCACUCUUUGGCAUUGACUAAUUGUGGCAAAGUGUUCUAAUGGGGAAAAGGAGUAAGAGAUAUGAGAUCUAGUUUAACUGACUUUUUUGAACCUCAAAACGCCUUUGAUUAAUCCAGAUUCAAAGGAUUGGAUCUUUUCUUUACGAGUAUCUCCAGCGGAUCAACACACUCAGCAGCAGUUACGUCCUCAGGAACUCUCUAUAUGUGGGGUGAAUCAACUGAUGGCUGCCUUGGAAGACCUCCUCCUGAAUCAAAUCCCAAAUAAAUUUCCUUAAUGCCUCUUGAAGUAGACUUUUUUGGCGAUAAAAGAGUAACAAAUUUAUUAUUUAUUCUAUCAUAGGUACAUUAAGUAGCUUGUGGAGAAAAAUUUACCCUUGCAAUUACUCUCGACAGAAGAGACCAAAUGUUAUUAGCUAAGAAAAAUUAAGAAGAAUAAAAGACACACAUAAGCACAGCUUUGAAAAAGAAACUUCUUAGAAGGGUUUCUUUCAAGUAAAUUAAAAUUCAUUUCAAAGUAAUCUAUAGUCGUGUUCGCCAUGAAUACACAGUGCAAAAUAAAAGAAAUAGUUCAAGAAGAGAUGUGAUGACAGCGAUGACAUCAAGAUAGCAACUGCCUUAAAAUGAAUUUGUUGAAAAGUUUACCGACUGCUUCUCUCAAUACCUGAAUAAAAAUAAUGAUUUAGUGGAAUAAAUUAGGCAAAGUAGAGCUAAGACACCAUUUUCUAAUACCUCGAGAUUUGAAAGAUCAUCAAACCCAUUAUCAUUACCUUUAGAAAAUUAGUCGCAAAGGACUCGACAAUACUUUGACUAACUACUUGGAUCAACUUCAAAAUCCUAAUUGAAAGAUAAAAAGCGUGAAUCAGACAGCACAAGCUAGAGAGAUGACAUAUUCUAUAAGCAACCAUCAAAGCUUUUGCAGAGAAGAAUAAAAAAUAAACAAAUUUUACUUUCAGAAUCGUUGAACUUUAACAACAAAGACAGUAACAAAGAACUAGCUUAGAUGUUCAAUUUCAAGCCUUAAACUACUUCAUCAUUAUCUAAAACGCAAAGUGGGAAGGCAUAAAUCAAAGACUUAAUUUAAAAUCUGUAUGAGUCUAACUAAGAGACUAUUUAUGAUGAUGUGAAUGAAAAUAUCGCAAAGAAAUAUAAUGAGAAUUCUCUGCAAUAGACGAAUUUUUAUUACUACAAUAUUAUCCAGAAUAGAGAGGAGUUUAAUCAGGAACUGAAAUUUCAAAAGCAAAAAGAAGUAGCUUAGUAGCAUAGUUUGACCAAAGCUUCCAAGAUCUUUAACUAACUUGCGACUAAUGGUUAAAUUCCAAUCCCUCAAGAUGAUAUAUCACCUGAAAAAUCAGGAAAAGUAAAAUCAGCUAGAACAAUGCCAGCCUAAUUUUCUAAUAGAAGAAAAAGUGCAGAUCUUAAUUCGUAAUUUGAUUUCAAAAACAUUAAUCCAGGCACUUUAACUUAAAGAAACAACACAAUGUAUAAUAAUCCUAUGUCAAGAUCUCAGAAUUUCAGAUCUCAGUUCUAAAGAUACAAUCAAUAGUAAAAUCCUAAUAUCGCUAAUAAGGAGAGAAUCAAUUAGCUCAUUAAAAUGAAAGAGGACAUUGAAAUGCAGAGUCUUUCUCUAAAAAAGAUUAUGAUGAUGAAUAAAUUAGAGGAAGUCAAUAAGAGAAAGGAAAAUAUUCUGAUUAGAAAAAAAGCUGAGGCUGUUAAAUAGUCUAUUUGUAGGUAUGGAUUCAAGAGAACUAUUGAGGAUGCACAAGAAUUCAAAUAGGAGAUUGAUGAUAAUGUAAAGUAUGAAAUGCUGAAAAUUCAAAGGGAAAUCGUAGCAAAGUGGUUAAAGAUCAUUAUGACUAAUGAAAUUAUCAAGCAACUCAAUAAUGAAUUCAGAAAGAGAGUUGAAAUUAAGUAUAAGAAUCGUAGAAAAAGAUGA